CCGCGCACUGCAUGCUGGGAGUCGUAGUCCAGGCUGCCCGGUCCAGAAGGACUGAAGGGCACAGGAGUCUAACCCGCCCCUUGGGACUGCAGGUUACCUCCCUUAGCAGCUCCCUAGCUUCUCUCGGGCGGAGCGUUCCCUAAGCACGGUUGAAUUUGUGCCACCGUCUCGCAUCUGGCUUUCAAUAAAGUUUUCCUCUUCCUCCCGCCGUACGGAGCUCAAGAUGGCGGCCUCCUGGUCGCCCUUGGUUAUCCUGCGCUCCUUACGGAGCCGGCUGAGUGGGACUUGUGUGGGGUGCGGGGUCCGGGCCGCCGCUCUCGCUGCUCCGGCCACCGCCCCUGGGAGGCCCCGUUGGAAAGCCUAUACAGUUCAGGCACCUGAUGGUGUAACCCAGACUGCUACUUCUGAGGCCUAUUUGAAAGCUUUGACUGCUUGCCAUGGACCUCUGGACCACUAUGACUUUCUGAUCAAAGCCCAGGAGCUGAAGGAUGAUGAACAUCAGAGAAGGGUCAUCCAGUGCUUGCAGAACUUGCACGAGGACCUUAAAAGAUACAGUGCAGAGGCAGAAGAUUUCCUUUCUAAGCUUUUUUCAAGGAGCAAACCUCCAAGGGGCCUGUAUGUUUAUGGAGAUGUUGGUACAGGGAAAACAAUGGUAAUGGAUAUAUUUUAUGCUUAUGUGGAAAUGAAGAGGAAAAAACGGGUCCAUUUUCAUGGCUUCAUGCUAGAUGUGCAUAAAAGAAUACAUCGCCUUAAACAGAGUUUGCCAAAAAGGAAACCAGGAUUCAUGACCAAAUCCUAUGACCCAAUAGCACCCAUAGCUGAAGAAAUCAGCCAAGAAGCAUGUCUCCUCUGCUUCGAUGAAUUUCAGGUCACUGACAUUGCUGAUGCCAUGAUUCUGAAACAGCUUUUUGAAAAUCUGUUCAAAAACGGGGUUGUCGUUGUGGCGACAUCCAACAGGCCACCGGAAGACCUCUAUAAGAAUGGACUCCAAAGGGCUAACUUUGUACCUUUCAUUGCUGUCCUGAAGGAAUAUUGUAAUACUGUCCAGCUAGAUUCUGGAAUAGAUUACCGGAAAAGGGACCUCCCUGCUGCAGGAAAACUCUACUAUCUCACAAGUGAAGCUGAUGUGGAGGCUGUCAUGGAUAAGUUGUUUGAUGAGCUGGCUCAGAAACAAAAUGAUUUAACUAGACCAAGGAUUCUAAAAGUGCAAGGCAGAGAGCUGCGGCUGAAUAAAGCCUGUGGAACCAUUGCCGACUGCACAUUUGAAGAGCUGUGUGAGAGACCACUUGGAGCCAGUGACUACUUGGAACUGUCAAGGAAUUUUGAUACGAUAUUUUUACGGAACAUUCCACAGUUUACGUUGGCAAAGAGGACCCAAGCUCGAAGAUUCAUAACUCUCAUUGAUAAUUUUUAUGAUUUCAAGGUGCGUAUAAUUUGCUCUGCCUCGACUCCUCUAUCAAGCUUAUUUUUGCAUCAACAUCAUGACAGUGAAUUGGAGCAAAGCAGAAUACUGAUGGAUGAUUUGGGGCUGAGCCAGGACGCCGCAGAAGGACUCUCCAUGUUUACUGGAGAAGAGGAAGUCUUUGCGUUUCAGCGCACCGUCUCCCGACUCACAGAGAUGCAGACUGAACAGUACUGGAAUGAAGGGGACAGGAGCAAGAAGUAACUGUCACUUUCCCAUAUGCGAAACUAGACACCUGGUGACUACAGGAAGAACUCUGUAUGUGAAACUUGAAGGAAUCAUUUUCUCAUCUCCCAUGAUGCACUUUGUCCUCGGGACCUCUCUAAUCUGAAAUUGCUGUCAAAGAUGCAGUGGACUAGGAUGUUAAGAACUACCAUUGUGGUAGGUCUGUUUUUGCCUAUUUAUUUGAACUUAUUUCUGCACCACAAAAUUGAAUGCCUGUAAUGAUUUAUUGAUUGAAAGUGAUUGUAAAACCAGACAGUUAAGCUUUACAUCAACACCCCCCCCAGUGAUCCUUGAAUGCACAAGCACACUGUAAAUCCCACACGUCUGGAUGUCACUGUGCUCAGACUACAUGGCUGUUGCUCCUUAGACUCACAGCCUUUUUUUUUUUUUUUUUUUUAAUUCAGAACAAAAAAGCUUUCUAGUCUUAUUAUAAGCCAAAGGGAACAGUAUUGUAGACUGUUGGCUUACAUGUAUGAUUUUUGUUGCUUUAGGGCCGUGAAUUACAUAUGAUGGUUUCCUUGGGCUGGUGAAAGUUUGUUUUUAGCCCUGAGAUCAAGGUUGGCAGGAAAGGUCCAUGUCACACAGUCACAGGCUGAGUGGACAUCCGACACCAUCAGGUUGGGAGCAGGUAUCCAGUUCCAACUGAUGGGCAGAUCUGUGGACAGAUCCCUGACUCGGGACAGCCAGGGGUGUGCAGGAGGAAGCAGUCGCGGGCCUGCCGGGAGGAGAGCCGCUGCCUGCCACCCUGCGCCUCUGAAAUCAUUGCAACUCACCAACAACUCGUUCUUGCCCUCCUUAUUGCAAGAUGCCGCCCCAUACUCCACUGCUGAUUCUACAGCGAUGGGCCUACAGAAAAUAGAAGCACUCAGCACAUCUUUAAAUAAAAUUCAAUUUGUCCUUCA